CAGGUUGAAUGGUUAACUUUUUUCCUAUCUUUCCGGUUUCGUCAUUGCGUUUUUGUUUUGUGAUCGGCGUAAUAAUUUUUGGCUUGGGAAGCUCUAAUGGCUUCUGAAGAACAUCUGACUUUAUCAAGCCUCGUUAAAUCGGUACAUCAACAGCUACGAGAUUCUGCGAGUAAAAGUUCUGAUCCUGAGCGGGUAUGGAGAGAGCAUCUGCAAAAUCAUGAAUUACUAAACCAAUACGCCACUGCCAUGCACAAAUUGGCCACUUGCCAUUGGGACAGAAAUAUGCAAAUCGCGAGCAAAAAAACUAACUGCCGAAUUGCCUGGGUUGUUGGAUCGUGUCGAGAAUAUUUCCUCCUCGAAACCAACAGUUUACUGUAUUUCUUUCGUGAUAAGGAAGACAAGAUUAUGAAAGCAAUCAAUUCAAGUCACAACUGCGAAUAUCCUUCUUACCUAAUUUCAAAUAUAAAGCUUCUGGACGUUGGGAGCUGCUACAAUCCAUUUUCCGCUUUUCCCGACUUCGAAGUAACGGCGAUUGACAUCGCACCAGCCCAGGAAACCGUCAAGUUGUGUGACUUUCUGGAAGUUUCCCUCGCAGAUGAUUUCCAACUAUUCAGUUCUCAGCAUCUCGAGUAUCUCGUUCGGUCAUAUUACGAUGCUGUAGUAUUCAGCCUUCUACUUGAGUAUCUACCUUCAUCGGAACAGCGAUUGUUAUGCUGUCGAAAAGCCUAUGACGUACUGAAACCAGAAGGGAUUCUUCUGAUAAUUACUCCUGACUCUCGGCAUCAGGGUGCGAAUGCUAAGCUGAUGAAGAACUGGCGCUAUACAUUGGGUUUGGUGGGUUUUACCAGGAUAAAGAUCGAGAAACUGGAGCAUGUAACUUGUAUGGUGUUUAGGAAGGCCAUCUUCCGGGAGGUGCCGGAACGGUGGUGUAGGAUUCAUAAAGAAGAAUAUAUGAAACCGGUUAUGAACAUACCUCAAGAUUUUAACAACAGUUCUUUACUAGAUGAAGAUGUAACUGAUAGUAAAAUGGAGCACCAAGUUUGCGAUGCAGCGGAAAUAAAAAACCUGUUUAGUGGAUUACCUUUCGUUGGUGACGAAAUGGGUUGA